CAGAGCGAGGCCAGCUGUCCGCCUCCAGCCCGGCAUGCACCGCGCCACUGCCGGGCAACCCGAGCGAGGAUCGGCGAGAAGCGGAAGUGUUGACGACGGGAGGACGCUGCAUGCGCUGAGGCUUCAUCUCCAGGAGAGAAGAGAUGACUGCCCAGGAGGUGCGUCUGUGUGGUCUCCUGCUACAGGAGCACUUUGGGGAAGUGGUGGAGAAAGUGGGAACCCACCUGCUCAAAAGUGGAGCACAGAAUUUAAGAGCCAUCGUUCAUGAGACAGGUGUCGCACUGGACCUGGUGAAGAAGUCUUUGUGUGUGCUGGUGCAGCACGGCGCCUGCGUGUUCAGCUCGCGCCGUAAAGGAGCCGGGUCCCCCACAGAGUAUCUGACCAGUUAUGAUCGAAUUCUGAGAAUUCUGCGAUACCCACGUUACAUCUACACCGGCAAAACACUGUACGGUGACACCGGAGAGCUAAUCAUAGAGGAGCUGCUGCAGAGGGGUCACAUGACAAUGAGCAGCAUUGUUAAGACAGUUGCGGACCGCCUCACGCAGAAUAUGGAAGAGGGAUGCAGCAUGGACUACAAUGAAGUGUCCUCUGCCUUUUCGAAAUUGGUGGAGACUCAUUUUCUGCAACGCUGCCCACCGCAGAAAACACAAGCAUCAGACAAUAGCACCACUACCACCCCUUCUGACCCUGUUAGUACCACCCAGUCCACACCAGAGAGCUUCCCAGACUGCUAUAAAGUGCCUCAUGUGACGCUCGUCGGGCGAGGAAAACGCCCCCAUCCCGGCGAGGAUGGAGAAGACCAAAGGAAUGCAAAGAGGCCAAAGUUAGAUCCAGAGACACAUGGUGAUGAGGGGAUUUACUGGCAGGUGAAUUUUGAGAGGUUCCAUCUUCAUUUCCGGGACCAGGCCAUCGUCAGUGCUGUAGCCAACAAACUGGACCAGACUAGCAGUGAGAUUGUGAGGACAAUGCUGAGGAUGAGUGAGGUGAUGACCUCGCCCACAGCUACCUGCACAAAGCCGCUUUCUGCCAAUGAGAUCUUCAGGGCCCUCCCACCCAGCUACAACAUUGCCAGACCCAUCUUAGACCAGUACCUCACUUUGCUGGUAGACGAUCCGAUGGAGUUUGUGGGGAAGGCUGGUGAUAGCGGGGGAGGGAUGUUUGUUGUCAAUUUGCACAGAGCACUGGCCAAUCUGGCUCGGGCAACAAUUGAGUCUGUGGUUCAGGAAAGAUUUGGCUCCAGAUCAGCACGCAUAUUCCGCCUGUUGCUAAGGAAACGUCACCUGGAGCAGAAGCAGGUGGAGGAUUUUGCUAUGAUUCCAGCCAAGGAGGCUAAAGACAUGCUUUACACACUGCUUUCACAGAACCUGGUUCAGCUGCAGGAAGUUCCAAAGACUCCUGACUUUGCUCCUUCGCGCACCUUUUAUCUUUACACCGUCAACCAACUUCCAACUGUAAGAAUGCUGCUACAGAACUGCUACAAGACAGUGGCCAACCUCAUCGAGAGACGUCUGUUUGAGACCAAAGAGAGCAAGCGUUUGCUGGAGAAAUCCCAGCGAAUUGAGGCGAUCCUGGCGUCUCUGCAGGCCAGCGGAGCAGAACCUGAACAGCUGACUGAGGUCGAAGAGAUGAUCACUGCUACUGAAAAGCAGCAACUGGAUUCGUUACGUCUUCAUAUCAACAAGUUAGAUUCGGCAGAGAACCAGGUGGAUGAAACCAUCUUUCUUCUAGAGUCUUACGUCAACUCCACUGCCACAUCCUGAAGCAGAGUCUGACGCUGCAGUGGUUCAACACAUCUAUUUUUUUUGUGAGUCCUUGAAUGACAUAUAUAACAGCUCAGUUUUAUUAGUUAUAGCUGUGUCAGUUUGCAGUCAAAUGAAGUCUGAACAGAUUUUUUUUCCCCGUUUUUAUUGUAUCAAUAAAUGAAUAAACUGAGUAUGAGAAUGCA